CCUCUUUUCAAUUCUUCCUCCAAAUCUCAAUCCAUAUUCAAUCUUCACAGAUCGAUCUUCUCAUCCCUAUUUCUAUUAUUACUUCAUUGAAGAUGAAGCGGAACUGCAACUUGGAACUUUGUCUUCUUCCUCCUUCCGCCGCCGCCGCCGCCGCCGCCUUAGAGGCCGAAUACGGCGGCCUCCACCACCCCCACAACCAAAACAUAAUGGAUCAAGAGUCAAGUUCAAGCCCGCACAUUAAUCAACCGCCUCAACAGUUAACCAUUUUCUACAAUGGAAGGGUUUGCGUUUGCGAUGUUACAGAAUUUCAGGCGAGACAUAUUCUAUCGCUGGCGAGUCGGGAAAUGGAAGAGAGAAUGAAAACGCUGACAGGAUCAGAACCGGUGUCGCCGUCUCUACCGUCUCCGUUAUACACCCCAUCUUCAACAUCCGGUCUUUCCAUGAAGAGAUCACUUCAACGUUUCCUGCAGAAGAGAAAGCACAGAGCUUUAGCAACAUCUCCAUACGCGUACGGGCAUUGAAACUGAUAGUUUUGUUUUGAUUAUUAGGGGUUAAUUAAUUUUAAAUUUUAAUUAUAUCGAAGAUAAGAAGCAAUUGAUAUGAUAGUGCUUGUAAAUUAAUUAAUUAAUUAAUUUG